AUGAAGGAUGUGUCGUCGAACAAAAUUGUCAGUGUCAUUGGUGAAUUAGCGAAAUCAAUUGGAGCUAAAGGAUUAAUUGUAGGCCAAAUGGUCAACAUAUGCUCCAAAAGAAUCUCAGAUGUUGGAUUGGAACACCUUGAGUUCAUUCACCACUACAAAACGGUGGCCUUGCUAGAGGGUGUUGCGGUUCUAAGGACUAUUUUGGGAGGUGGGUUUGAUAAAGAAGUUGAGAAAUUAAUAAAGUUCAUGAGGUGCAUUGUGUUAUUGUUUCAAGUUGUGGAUGAUAUUCCUGAUAUGACCAAGUCAUCGCAGACUUUGGGAAAGAUGACAGGGAAGGAUUUGGUGGCUGAUAGGGUUACAUACACAAAAUUGAUUGGAAUCGAGAAGUCCAAAGAGUUUUAUCAAAAAUUGAAUAUAUAG